GCGGGGACCAUAGACUGUAAAUAUUAGCGGGGACGCAGAAACGGAGGGGUAGUGGGUAGGGGUAGGGUGUAGUGGCCAGUUUGAAAAAGGGUCCUAAAGUGGACAAAACUUAAGGUUAACAAAGUGUGACGUAAUCAAAAAGGGACGGACAGGACUAAACUGCGACAACCUCAGACAAUUCCUUGCAAAAAAACUUCACACAGGAGCAAUUUCGCCUGACUUAAAACAGUAACUAUGACAAAAGAAACAUGACAGAGAAGUGUCAAAUACAAUCUGAGGGACCAUGCACAACUUGGCACGUUAUCUCGUCUUUUUUCAGUACAUUGGAACAAAGUACAGUGGUGUAGUAAAAGCACCGCCACAUCAGUUAAGGAAAGGAGUCCAGAACUACUUAGAAGAUGCAAUAAGGAGGCUGAAGCCACUCAACCCAGUGUCUCUGACAAUCUCCAGCCGAACUGACACAGGUGUCCACGCUCUUUCUAACUCUGCUCAUUUCGACCUCCAACGCAAGAACGACAACCCGCCGUUUCCUGAAGACAGUCUUGUUGAUGCCAUUAAUUUUCACCUGGGGACAGCACAGAUUAGAGUCACCCGUGCCCACCGUGUGCCUGAUGAUUUUCAUGCCCGCUACUGUGCCCAGUCUCGGUCCUACAUCUACCGAAUAGCCCUGGGAGUCCCCCACCACUCCCAGCUUCCCCUCAUAGAGCAUGACCUCUGCUGGAACAUCCGCAGCACGGAGUUGGAUGUUGGAGCAAUGCGCGAGGCCGCUGCCCUGCUGGUUGGGGUUCAUGACUUCAGCAGCUUCAGGGCAGUGAACUCUGACCUGCCUUUUAAAAACCCUGUGAAGACACUGGAUGUGGCCAGCAUUCAGCCAGGAAGCUCCUUCACACAAGCACACUUCCACAGAGAGAUUCCAUUCUUGGAGCUGACGUUUACAAGCAGAUCUUUUCUCUAUAAGCAGGUGCGGAGGAUGACCGGGGCCCUGGUGGCUGUGGGUCAGGGGCGGCUCUCACUGCACAAUCUGAAGGAGAUAUUGGAGGCUCGGGACUCUCUAGCUUACCCACAAGGCCUUGUUGCUCCAGCCCGUGGCCUCUUUCUCACAAGGGUGGACUACAGGGCAACAGAUAUUCAGUUUUCACAACAAACAUCAGAGGAAUAAAUUGUCUCCGGUGGAGGAUUCAUUUGACUUCAUGCAACUGUGUUUAUAAACUGUUCAUCCCAACUUCUUUGUGAAAGAAUGUCAGAAAGGUUUGGAUAUUUGUGUGUAUUACUCAGCAGCAUAGUUUUCAAUGUCUUGUCAGUUUGUAGUGAGUCUUUUCACACACUUGUUCUAAUAAUCCUCAGACUUCAAACAGAUGAAUAUCUACAUGUUCUUUUAAUUCAAGAUAUGAAGAUUACAUAACUGUGUCCAUGACCACAGCUCAGCCACAGAAUAGCACACACCCUGAACCUAUCACAGUCUACACAUGAUCUUGCUCCUAUGUAUACAAGUAUGAAAACAGGUUGUGGUAGGUUCUCCUGACAUUUAUCAAACAAGUUAUACAACAUGUGGAGAGGAGUGUUGAGCUCUACAACCAAAAAACUGCUUUGUGUGUCCAUGGCUCUCGUACAGCGGUAUUACAUAAUGGAUCAACCAAGUGCGUACACACACUCUCACUGAUAAUGUAUACAUCCAAGUGUCCAAAUAAAACUGCAUACACUGCGUCUUUACCCAAAAGUC